AUGACACCCGAUGUCGAGGUCAGGGAGAUGGCCAUCACGGACAUCGACCAGUCCGAGCGCAUCCUGAAGUCUGUCGUCGACCCUGGGCCCACGGGCGCGCACAACUACUCCUACAGAUACGAGGCACGGACCUGCGAAGUGUCUUUGGUCGCGGAGGACCGCAAGACACGCAAGGUUGUCGGAGUGUGUUGGGUGGUGUGCUGGGGGUCCGUCGCGACGGUCGGGCCCGUCUGCGUCCUGGCGCCCUGGCAGGGCCGCGGCGUCGGCACCGCGCUCCUCCACAGCGCCCUGCAGCACCUCGCUCCGCUGCGCGACGCCAAGGGCAUUCGCCGCGUCACGCGAGUCCUCGCGUCGGCGCCGGACGCAGCCGCGUGUCCCGCGGCGCAGCGCAUGCUCGAGCGCGCGGGCUUCGCGUUCGGCGCCGCGGUCGCUGUCUUCCGGUGCACGUUGCGGCCCAUUGAGCCCAGCGAGUGCGCGACGGCCCUGGACGCCAUUGCCGGCGCAUCGGAACGCGCCCGCGAGCUCAGGGAGGCCGCGGAGGUCGCGGCGGCGGCGCGGGCGGCGGGCCGGCCGCUGUUCUCCGUCGAGGCGGCCAGCAAGUCGGCUCCGUGGCGGCGGCGGCGACGCACGCCGAGCCGGUCGGAGCGGAGCCGGACGAGCAGCUGCGAGGGGGCGCUCGCAGCGCCGGGCUGGCUGGACCGCCUGGCGGCGAUCGGCAUGACGAGCGAUCCGAGCCUCGCGGCGUUUCCGGUGCGACGGGAGGGGGGGGAGUUCGAGGCGGGCGUGGAGCACUGGGCGGUGCUGGGGUCGUCGCUGGCGCAGCCGGGGCAGAUGCGGUGCCAGAGCGCGGUGUUUUACCGCAUGGCGGCGGCGCACGGGUACCGCGGCCUGUGCACUAUGGGGGAGUCUUACAUGACGGUAGAAAAGGGCCUCGGCGACGUCCUCAUCGUCAUGAGGAUAUCCGGCGGCCGCGUCGAGCCCUGCGGCGGCGCCAUCGUCCACGUGGGGCCUGGCAGCGAGGCUGCGCUCGGCGCAGCGCACGUCCGGUUCGGCGUCGCGAACAGCACGGCGGCGUUCCUCGCGACGCUGCGCGCGGCCGAGCAGUACGCGCGCGCGCGGGGCGCGUGGGCGCUCACAGUCGGGCUCAGCGAGAUGGCCUUCGAUGCAUGCGAGGCAGCAGAGGCGCAGGGGUACGUGAAGCACGAAGUGCUGCGACACGCGUACCUCGACUGGCAGCGCCGCACGGACGAGGACGGCGGGCUGGACCGCCGGGCGCCGGUCCAGGGCUGGGCGAGGCCGGGAUGUUGGGUCAUGUGCGACUCGCGGUGA